UGGGUGCCAGCAGGGCAGGGGCGGGGCUCUGGGGGCAUUAGGGCUUUUAAAGGCUCCCCAAGGAGGUUCUUCGGCUCCUGCCUGCCUCUGGACACCUCUGUCAUCAUGUGGUUCCUGGUUCUGAGCCUCGCCCUAUCUCUGGGGGGGACUGGCGCUGCGCCCCCCGUGCAGUCUCGGAUCAUCGGUGGCUGGAAGUGUGAGAAGCAUUCCCAGCCCUGGCAGGUGGCCGUGUACCACUACAGCAGCUUCCAGUGCGGGGGCGUCCUGGUGCACCCCCAGUGGGUGCUCACAGCUGCCCACUGCAUCAGCAACAAUUACCAGCUGUGGUUGGGUCGCCCCAACCUGUUUGACGAUGAAGACUUGGCUCAGUAUGCCCAAGUCAGUGACAGCUUCCCACACCCGCAAUUCAACCUGAGCCUCCUGAAGAACCACACCCGCCUCCCUGAUGAGGAUUACAGCCACGACCUGAUGCUGCUCCGCCUGUCGGAGCCCGUGCAGAUCACCGAUGCUGUGAAGGUCCUGGAGCUGCCCACCCAGGAGCCAGAAGUGGGGAGCACCUGCCUUGCCUCGGGCUGGGGCAGCAUAGAACCAGACAAGUAUGUGUACCCAGAUGAUCUCCAGUGCGUGGACCUUGAAAUCCUGUCUAAUGAAGAGUGUGACAAAGCCCAUUCCCAGAAGGUGACAGACACCAUGCUGUGCGCUGGGCACUUGAAAGGUGGCAAAGACACCUGUGUGGGUGACUCGGGAGGCCCACUGGUCUGCAAUGGUGAGCUCCAGGGUGUCACGUCAUGGGGCCAUGUCCCAUGUGGCAGUCCCAAUAUGCCUGGUAUCUACACCAAAAUAUUUUCGCAUAUGACUUGGAUAAAUGACACCAUAGAGAACAACCCUUGAAUGUCCCACGUUGUGUCCUAGUCUCAGUAAAACUGAAUAUGCAUCAAA